ACCGUUACGUGCCCCAGCUUCUUCUCCCGGUGUAACCUCUGAGUGACACUGUGCAAAAACUCCUCCGUUCGUUCCCUUGUUUUUCCUCCCUCCACGGCCUUCCAAAGCUGAGCCGCUGGUUCCGUCCAUCCGUCCGUCCGGUGGGCUUCUGACAAGUUGAAGCCAUGUUUCGCUUCCUGAGUCGCCAGGGUCGGAGGCGUCCGAAUCCCAGCUGGCCGCCGGGGCAGCGGCGUUACGAGCACCAUCGCGCCGUCAUGGCCAUCAGGCGGGAGGACAUCAACCCGUGGGAGAGGCGGGCGCCCCUGGCCCCUCGGCACGUCCGCGAGCUCACGCAGGACGGAGUCAGAGUCCUGGUGCAGCCGUCCAACCGCAGGGCCAUCCACGAGAAGUUCUACGCCAAAGCGGGCGCCGUCAUCCAGGAGGACAUCUCGGAGGCCACGCUCAUCCUCGGCGUGAAGCGGCCGCCCGAGGAGAAGGUGAUCCCCAAGAAGACCUACGCCUUCUUCUCGCACACCAUCAAGGCGCAGGAGGCCAACAUGGGGCUGCUGGACGACCUGCUCAAGAAGGAGGUUCGUCUGAUCGACUACGAGAAGAUGGUGGACCCCAACGGCUUUCGCAUAGUGGCGUUUGGUCAGUGGGCCGGCGUGGCAGGCAUGAUCAACAUUUUACACGGUUUGGGUCUUCGCUUCCUGGCGUUGGGCCACCACACCCCCUUCAUGCACAUCGGCAUGGCGCACAACUACCGCAACGUCUCGCAGGCCAUCCAGGCCGUGCGGGACUGCGGUUAUGAGAUCUCCCUGGGCCUCAUGCCCAAGUCCAUAGGUCCCGUCACCUUCUGCUUCACCGGAACCGGCAACGUCUCCAAGGGGGCGCAGGACAUCAUCAAUGAGCUUCCCGUGGAGUACGUUGAGCCUCACGAGCUGAAGGAUGUCUGUGAAGCUGGAGAUAUGACCAAAGUGUACGCCACUGUGCUGAGUCGUCAUCACCACCUGAUGAGGAAGAGCGACGGCAUCUACGACCCCUUGGAGUACGAGAACCACCCAGAACUCUACACCUCGCACUUCAGAACCAGCGUGGCCCCAUACACCAACUGCCUGAUCAACGGCAUCUACUGGGAGCCUCAGACCCCGAGACUCCUGCGCCGGCUGGACGCCCAACAGCUGCUCCGACCCACGCGCAGCGUCGGCGCCAGCGAGGGCAUGCCGCAGCUGCCGCACAAGCUGCUGGCCAUCUGCGACAUCUCGGCCGACGCGGGCGGCUCCAUCCAGUUCAUGACCGAGUGCACCACCAUCGACAAGCCCUUCUGCAUGUACGACGCCGAUCAGCACAUCGACCACGACAGCGUGGAGGGCCACGGUAUCCUGAUGUGCUCCAUCGACAACCUUCCGGCUCAGAUGCCCAUCGAGGCCACCGAGUACUUUGGCGACCGCCUCUUUCCGUACAUCUGGGAGAUGCUGCCGUCGGACGCCAGCAGGCCUCUGGACCAGGAGGACUUCAGCCCGCAAGUCCGAGACGCGGUGAUCACCUCCAACGGAGCCCUGACGCCAAAGUUUGAGUACAUUGAAAAGCUUCGAGAGCGACGGGAAAAGUCUCAAAUUGUGCGCAAAAGCGGCAUGAAGCGAGUUCUCUUGCUGGGCUCCGGCUACGUCUCCGGACCCGUGGUGGAGUACCUGACCCGCUGCGACAAGACGCAGGUCACCGUGGCGUCGGUGUGCAUGAAGCAGGCGCAGGAUCUGGCGGCCGAAUACCCCAACACCAUUCCGGUCAUGCUGGACGUCAGCAGCCAGGAGGCGCGCCUCGUCUCGCUCGUCCAAGACCACGACCUGGUCAUCAGCCUGCUGCCCAAUGUGCUCCACCCCCUGGUGGCAAAACACUGCAUUGACAAGAAGGUCCACAUGGUCAACGCCAGCUACCUCAGCCCGGCCAUGAGCGACCUACACGCCAGGGCGGAAGAGGCGGGCGUGACGCUGGUCAACGAGAUGGGCCUGGAUCCCGGCAUCGAUCACAUGCUGGCCAUGGAGUGCAUCGAUCAGGCCAAAGCGGACGGCUGCACGGUGGAGUCGUACGUGUCGUACUGCGGCGGGCUCCCGGCUCCCGAGUGCUCCGACAACCCUCUGCGCUACAAGUUCAGCUGGAGUCCUUCGGGCGUUCUCCUGGCCUCCGUCAGCCCCGCCGUCUUCCUUUGCGACAAGCGGCUGGUGAAGAUCCCCGGCGGCGGCGGUCUGAUGGACGCCGUCCAGCCCAUGGAUUUUUUCCCCGGCCUCAACCUGGAAGGUUAUCCCAACCGCGACAGCACCAAGUACGCCGAGCUCUACGACAUCCCCGACGUGCACACGCUGAUUCGAGGGACGCUGCGCUACAAGGGUUUCUCCAGGGCCCUGCGCAGUUUUGUCCAACUGGGUCUGAUCAACAACGAGCCGCACCCCACGCUGGCCAACGCGUCGUCCGCCGUCACCUGGAGAGCUCUGGUGAGCCACGCCAUGGGCUUGCCCGCCGACACCACUGACGACGCCUUCCGGGCCGCCGUCCGCCAGCGCCUCGAUGGCGACGAGCGCAGCCUGGACGCGCUCAAAUGGUUCGGCAUGCUGAACGACGACGUGGCUCCUCACGCCGACAGCCUCUUGACUGCGCUCAGCAAACAUCUGGAAGCCAAACUCUCCUACGGCAGCGGCGAGCGCGACAUGAUCGUGCUGCUCAGCGACUUUGGCUUGCGCCACCCGACGGGCGAGCUGGAGAGCAAACGGCUCAGUUUGGUGGUGUACGGCGAGGUGGGGGGAUUUUCGGCCAUGGCCAAGAGCGUGGGCUACCCGGCCGCCAUCGCCGCCCGCAUGCUCCUCGACGGUGAGAUCGCUUCCAUGGGCGUGCUGCUGCCCAUGAGCAAGGAGAUCUACGUGCCGGCCUUGAAGCGCCUCAAGAACGAAGGCCUCAACGUGGCCACGGCCAGCAGCCUGCUGGAAUCCUCCCGAUGACGUCACCGGCGCCGCGCCCUUCGCUACACUCCUUCUGACCAAUCGCUCGCUUUUUUUAGGGGUGCCGCAUUUCUUCUGAAGCCUGUUGUGAACGAUCCAUCUUUCUCAAAGUCUACUAGAGCCACCCUCGGAAGGUUCACAAUGAACUCUCACGCCUGAAAGGAAACAGGAAGUCGCCAUUUUGCACUCAGUCAAAGCUCCAAAGAUGAAAAUUCGCCCAUCGGGGGACGCGUCGGCCGUAACGGGACUCUCGUGUCCAAAACUCUCAGGGAACCCAAAGUGAGGUCGGCCAUUUUGAAUCGGGGCAACCCCCCUCGAUAGUGUUGGAAUGGAAGGAGAGCUUGGCUCCUUUACGCUCACUCAGCAAGUUUUGAAAAAUCAAACAGGAGGUCGGCCAUUUUGCUCUGAGUUAGCGCCGAGGAUGUUGCGUGCCGGGCCGUGUCGUCUGUCAUAGGGAAGAUUUGACUUGUGAGCAGCAUAGUGUUGUAACGUUUGUCGUUUUGGCGUCUUGCUGUAUUGGCCUGCAGGUCAACGAGGGAAACGGAGGGAAAGCAAAAGUCAUUUGUGAUGUAGAUGAGGUCAAAGGGCAGCUUGAUAACUCGAAAGUGGCAAGAAACAAAUCGGAUGUGUGUGAAAGAUGCAAACGAGCCUUCGUUGGAGACAGCGACAUGAAUGGGCAAAUGAUCGCUUUGCCUUUUCUUCUUGUAUUUAUUUGACUCGCAAUGUGUUGUGUGAUUGUCAGCUCAGUUGCUUUUAGUUUGAAACUUUUUUCCUCUUGGCUUUGUCACUUCCCACACACAAAAUGUUUGAAGUUUGCCGUCAAUAAAAUCCCGCAGUUGA